ACGUUGUUUGUCUUGAUGUUUUCUGGAAAUAGUUUUAAAUGGCUAUUUUUGUUUUUGUUUUUCUGUCUAGGUGGAGGAGGGAAACGUAAAGGAAGAAGUAAAAAAUGGAGGGAGAUCCUUCGUUUUCCUCAUAUCAGUCAGUGCACGGAGUUGAGCAAAACUAUUGAGCGGGACUAUUUCAGCCUGUGUGACAAGCAGCCCAUCGGGAGACUUCUGUUCCGCCUCUACUGUGAGACCCGUCCAGAGCUGCAGCGAUGCAUCCAACUCCUGGACGCCAUGGAGGACUACGAGGUGACACCCGACGAGAAGAGGAAGAGUCGAGGAGAUGAGAUCAUCAAGAAGUUUCUCACCAAGCAGUCCUCUGAGUGUGUAGAUAUAGCUGAAGGUCUCGCUGAAAGUUGCAGAGAAAAUCUAGAACUGAGCCCCUGCAAAGAGAUCUUCAGUGACUGUCGCAAAGCUCUUCAUGACUACUUAAGUGGUGCUCCUUUUGCUGACUAUCAGAACAGCAUGUACUUCGACCGCUUCCUCCAAUGGAAAAUGCUCGAAAGACAACCCAUCACGAAAGACACAUUUCGUCAGUAUAGAGUUCUGGGGAAAGGAGGUUUUGGAGAGGUGUGUGCGUGCCAGGUGCGAGCCACAGGAAAAAUGUACGCCUGUAAAAAGCUGGAGAAGAAAAGGAUAAAGAAGAGGAAGGGGGAAGCCAUGGCUCUAAAUGAGAAGCAGAUUCUGGAGAAGGUCAACAGCAGGUUUGUGGUUAGUUUAGCGUACGCGUAUGAGACCAAAGAUGCCCUGUGUCUGGUGCUGACCAUAAUGAACGGCGGCGAUCUGAAGUUUCACAUCUAUAACAUGGGAACCCCGGGCUUUGAGAAGGAGCGCGUGCAGUUCUACGCCGCUGAGAUCUGCUGCGGUCUCGAGCACCUGCACCGAGAGUCUAUCGUCUACAGGGAUUUAAAACCAGAGAAUAUACUCUUAGAUGAUAAUGGUCAUAUCCGGAUCUCAGACCUAGGCUUGGCCAUUAAAGUGCCUGAUGGAGAACAGAUCCGUGGCCGAGUGGGGACCGUGGGCUACAUGGCUCCAGAGGUGAUCAAUAACGAGCGCUAUAGCAUGAGUCCGGACUGGUGGGGAUUGGGUUGUCUGAUUUAUGAGAUGACUGCCGGCCGAUCGCCUUUCCGCGCUCGCAAAGAACGAGUGAAGAGAGAAGAGGUGGAGAAGAGGGUGCAAGAGGAGGAAGAGGAGUACAGCGACAAGUUUUCAGAAGACACCAAAGCCAUCUGCAGGAUGCUGCUAGCCAAAGACCCUAGUGAGAGGCUUGGCUGUCAGGGGGAUGGCGCCACAGAGGUGAAAGCCCACCCUAUUUUUCGUUCCAUCAACUUUAAGAGGCUUGCAGCAGGCAUGCUCGAAGCACCAUUUAUUCCAGACCCUCAGGCCAUCUACUGUAAGGACGUGUUGGACAUCGAACAGUUCUCCACAGUGAAAGGGGUGGAGCUGGAGCCCAAAGAUGACUCCUUCUACAGCAAAGUAUCAACUGGAAGCGUUCCCAUCCCCUGGCAAAAUGAGAUGAUAGAGACGGAGUGCUUUAAAGAACUCAACAUCUUGAAUUUUGAUGGCACUGUACCCCCUGACCUGGACUGGAGAGGUCAACCCUCACCCCCACCCAAACAGGGCUUACUGCAGAGACUCUUCGGCCGGCAGGAGUGCUGUGGAAAUUGCAGCGACAGUGAGGAGGAGCCCACACGGCUGUGAAGGCGUGGCCUGGCUGUGGCUCCUCCCCUACACCACUGAGGAUCUCAUUUGUUUACAGUUUUUGCACAUUUGUAUUUUUAAAAUAGCUCUAUAUAAACAUUGGAAUGUAUAUUUUCACUAUAUAGCCAUGCAGUGUAUCUUAUUUAAAGUCAUCAAAAUGAAAAGGACAUAUGUGUCCAAAUUAGUGUGACGUAGAAAGGACAGAUCAUUCAACACUGCUCAAAGUCUCAAAACCGGUUGACAC